AUGGCUGCCCGAAAUACCAAGAAAAUGAGAGAAACCUCGGAUUCCGACCACCUCAGCUGUUUACCAGACAGUAUUCUUAGUCAUAUACUCUCUUUUCUUGACACAAAAUCCGCUAUUAGAACUUCUGUUUUGUCCAAACGUUAUGCACUUGUUUGGACUUUACUGUCAAAUCUUGAUUUCAAAUAUUCAGGCAUUGAUAUUCCUGGUUUUACUUCAUAUGUUAACCAUGUUUUGGAUCGCAGGGAACAUAGCAUAGUUACCCGUUUUCGCCUUUCAUUGCAUAAAAAUGUGGAUUCCUCAUUCGUCGAGAAAUGCAUUGAGUAUGCGGCUGAACACAAGGUGCAGGAUUUGAGGGUUCGAGUUUGUACUAAACCUAAGUCUGUUGUAUUGCCAGGAUUGUUGCUUAAUAUGUCGUGUUUAAGAAUUUUAAGAUUGAAUAAUGGGACUUGUUGGAGUAUAGAGUUACCAAAGUCACUUGCAUUGCCUAAUUUAAAGGUUUUGAGGCUCAAGAAUUUUGCGUUUUCGGAUAGUAAUUACAAUGGGGAAAUUUUUAUGGGGUGUCCGAAUCUUGAGACUUUGGUUUUAAACAAGUGUUGGAUUAGGCCGGUCGGCGAACUCAAGGUUUUGGAGGUGAAUUGCUUGAAACUUAAGAAUUUGGAGAUAAGGUAUUGGAGGAGUCCUUGGAGAUGUUUUGAUGAAUGUAUGAUCAAUGUGACUGCGCCUCGACUUGAUACUUUUCGAUUACAGGGUCAUCUCCUUAAAGUGAAUUUCAAGGAGUCUUUGGUGUGUUUAGAAAAGGCCUCUAUUGAUUUGUUCUAUCCGAUGUCGUGCGUAAUGGUGGAUACAUGGGAGAGAAAGCAAAAGAUGUCAGAAACUUUUAUAAGUAUGCUUGGCCGACUAUGUACGGUGAAGUCUCUCUUCCUAUCGACAAAGACGACCGAGGUUUUGUCUGCCGUUUCUGAUUUAAGAAAGCGUGCACCGCUUACCUUUGACAAUUUGAGGUAUAUAAGGUUCACAGCAGAGAAUAAACACACGGAGAAGUGUAUAACUAUCAACGAACUUACAGAGUCAUUGAAGAGUGCAAAGAAUGACUAUUUAAUACUCCGUGAUUCUAAGGAUUCAAAAAGUUGGAAGACCAAACCUAAGCGAAAUACAAGCUACGUUGCUAUACGUGCAGGUGUUAUCUCCUACUUACUCGAUAGCUGUCCUUCUGCAGAAAAUGUAAUUGUUGAACUACCAAAGGUAUCAACAGACUAA